GAGGGUUUGGGUGUUCCAGGUGGUGGUGCGGCGGCAGGUGGAUCCUCUGCGGGUUCCAAGCCUGCUGAUGAGAAGAAGAAAAGGAAGGUAGAGGAUAAGGCUGCUGGUGCCAGUGAGAAGAAGCGUCCGAGGAUACAGACUAAACGGACAACUGCUGUUUCGCAGGCAAAGCCUGCGGUUGCGGCCGGUAAGUGACUUAUAACUUUGCAAGUGUUUGUCAUUAUAACUUGUAUUUGAUGGUUAUUUUUGCUUUGUUCGCAGAACCGCAGGAUGAGGGUUUCUCUUUGUUUGAUACUCCUCCUUCCCCCACGCGUAACGCGGCCGUGGAUGCGGGGGUUAAUAAAGAAUUUACAAGCCCUUUCGUUAAGGUGGUGAGUGAGCCCUUUGUGCAGGCAGAGGAUACUGGGAAGAAAACCGCGACUCAGAUCUUUGACACGGUGGAUUCCUAUGAUAAUCUGAUCUCCCCGCAGGAUACUGAUGAUCUGAACCUAAAGUUUUCUGAUGCUGAAAAGCAAAAGUCUGAUGCGGAAAAGCACAGGUCUCCUGCCGCUGAGAAGGCUUCCGGCUCUGCAUCCGGGGGUGCGGGUGGUGAAGGGCCCUCCAUUCAGCCUGAUGAGUCUGAACUGGAGUUCUACUUCCGCACCUACAUAGAAGACUAGAGUAUGAACUAUCACCGACCCCCUUGGAAUGUUAUGCAAGGGGAUGAUAUCUCUACUGAUCCCUCCGCGUGCAGGGAUAUUUUGGAUGGUUUGGGCACUCCUUUUGAGGUCUUUCAUGCCCGUGGCCUGUCUCAUGAGCAACGGAUUAACCAACUCUCGUCCAUGCUUGUUGGUAGUUCCAUAAUGGCGAAUGCCGUUAUGGAAGACUAUAAGGUGCUGGGAUGCAAGGAUGAGGAAACUGCUCGCUUGCGGGCCGAGGCUGAAGAGUUGGUGAAAGCUGCUCGUGAGGGUGCGGAGCAGCUUAAAAGGGAGAAGGCUGCCUUCGAGCAGUAUAAACAGACUGAAGAGUGGGCUGCAACUGCUGGCCUCAAACAGGUUCGUACUCUUGCCAAAUUGCUUUCUGAUGAGCGCAAGAGUUGGAAAGAAACACUUUCUGAUAAGCACAAGAGUUGGAAAGAAUCUUGGGCCAAACAGAAUGAAAAGAUAUUUCGUGUUCGUCAGGAGCUGACAAAUGUCAAGGCAGCGAAUGCUGCUUUGGUCAAGGAGAAGGCCGCGGUUGAAGUGGUUGCCAGAGAGGCCAAGGAGGCGGAGGUCCACGCUACCAAGGCUCUUGAAGCGGCCAAUGCUGACCGUACUGGCUUAAACAAGACCGUUGAGGGCCUCCAGGCUGAAGUGCAGAACCACGUGACCAUUCUUGCAGAGGUUACUGCCCGCGCGACCGAAGCUGAAGCGCGGGCAAGGGAGGCUGCCGAGGCUAGAGAUAGCCUUGUUUCUUCAUUCGAUCAGCUUAAGGCCGAUCGUGAUUGGAUGCGUGAUCACGGUAUUGGGCAUAUUGUUAAGGCUAUCCUCGACGCACCUGAGAACGCAGCCGGUGUAGAGCAGAUUAGGCUGCGUGCGCGGGAGGCUGGUUUCAAAGUUGGCUACAACCGCUGCAUUAGUCAUAUCAAUGUUUUAUCCCAAGGAAAAUAUACUGAUGAAAGGUCCGGGUUCCAUGGCGUGGAUACCGAAGCGCGUCUUGCUGUCGCUCUUGCGGCGUACAACGACAUGUCCAUUUCCGCCCUUGAAGAACUUGAUAAAUGCUUGGACGCGGAAGACUAUGUGGACUGCUUGUGGUUGUUGUAUGGUGAUGAUGAAGAGGAGGAAGAGGAGGAAGAGACCGCUGGUGAUGGCAAGGGUGGCGCGGGUACCUGCAGUACAAAGAAGGACUAGGUUGGCCUGCGUGCCCUUUUUUGUU